AUGGCGACACCUCAAUUCAAACUUUUAAGUCCUGAAGAACUUAUGCUCCCUGGCGAUUUUGCGGAGUUUAAGGGCAAAAGUAAAAUUGAACCACCAGUAAGGUCUUCAUAUUUAGCAAUUGCCACUGCUUUUUUCCAAUCUCUGAUCAGAAUCAGGGACUCCAAUAUGUCCACUCCAUCUUGAGCAGCAAUCGAAUCAUAUAUCAAGCAAACUAAUGAAUUUGUUAAACAAAUUCCUGAUUACAUUCCAAUUUGGGACAAAUUCAAAUACAUUGUCGCAGAAGUUUUCAUUAAAAAACCUAUACAAUUUUACCUAGAAAAAUCCUUUUUUACCUAUUUGUAUUUUUUAUUUUUUAAUAAAAAAUUCCACCCAUAAUAGUAUAAGUUUACAGCUUUAAAAAAUAUUAGACAAUUGCUCAACCUAAACCACCAAAACGCUUGUGACGCUUUAGAUAUCGGAAUGAGGCUGCUUUUUUGUGUGAUCGUUGAUAAAGAUCAUCAAUAUAACGAUAUUUUAACCAAGCCAUACGUGCUGAGAGGGAAUGAGUAUUAUUUGCAACAUUUUUGUAAUAAGUUAAGAGUAAAUGUAUUGAUCGUGAUGAUGUCGAGCCACCAAUAUAUGAUUAGAGAUGAUAGGAACAAUGCCCCACUUGUGACGCUUUUUAUGGAAGGGGAUGGAGUCUUCAGUGUGCUUUAUCAUAGAGAAAGCACUAUGGUAGACAUAGGAACUCCGAUGACUGACAGCUUGGAAAAAUUCCCCUUUUUCUAUAACCCAAAAGCAGCUCCUAAACUUAAUUCUACUCAAACUCCUCAAGUUUCUCAGCCACCUGCAAAAGUGAAUCAACCCCCAGUCAAUCGAGAACCUCCUAUUUCUCCUUUAUCCCCUCAAGAGGAGAGAAAAUCUGAGCCUAGUUCUCCGGCAAAGGACAAUAUUUAUAAGCAGUUGAUUUCUCAUAUGUCUACAGUCAUUUUUACGAAUAUUCCAAAUUACAAUGACGAGAUUUUAUUAAAAUUGCUUAAUCCCCCGUGAGCUAAUAAAACCAUUAGAAAAAACCCUCCGUAAGCGAACAAAAAAUUUAAUAGAAAAAUUUUUUAUAGAAAAAAAAUCUUGAUAUAUAAGUGAUAAUUAGUAUAAAAAAAACCUCGUGCUAAUUCUUUUUUUAAAAAUAAUUACGUUUUAAAAACAUAAAUUUUACCAAUUAAAUUAAUUUUUUUGAAGUGGAUUUUUUUAAAUUUCGAAAAAAAUAAAUUUUCAAUAAAAAUUUUUGGUUCGCUUAAGGAGGGGGGGUUAACGACGGCGCUGCAUUUGACUCAUCAUUAGACAAUAAUGAUUAUGCCAGGCUAAAAGCUAAUUUAAAUAGACUAAAACCAUCUGAGCCAGCACAAGUGGGCAGGCAGCAAUGCGGACAUCAGCUGCUGCUUUAUAAGCCUUUGUGCGGGAGCGACCAUUGUGCUUAUUGUUUAAAAGAAAUAAUCGACCAAGCCAAAGCGAGAAGUACAAUAGCCAAUUGUGAGCAUGGACAAAAGAUAAGUCCAAAAGUUGCGAAAGAUCUAGAAAACCUUUUGAGGACUGGACAAGCUGGAGGGGACAGCCCAGGAAUUCCGAAAGGAGAAAAUAUGCAGCCUAGGAGCCAAUUUCCUCCACAAAUGAAGCCUUCAUCAGGCAAUUAUCAAAGCAAUUUACCUUCCCAAAUGAAUCAAGCUCCUCCUAAAUUAAGCGCAAUGCAGCAGAAGCCUCCAGCUUAUAACCAGCCUGCUGAUUCAUAUAUGGAGGACGAAGUCUCAAUCCCAGUGGUUUUUAGAAAAACUGGAGCUAAUACUAAUAUACAAAAUAUACAGCCGGGCUCUCAAGCGCAGUGUAGGACUGGAAAUGCAUCACCAAAUUAUCCUCAGUCUGGAAUGCAUAAUCCUACUAAUCAAUCCCAAUUCGCCACAAAUCCAGUACCACAAAACAGAAACUCUUCCCCUGCUAUGAAUCAAGCUCAGCUACAGCAACCUCAAAACCAGCAAAGAAUUCCUCCUUAUCAGGGUGUUCAGCCAGCUCCAAGUCUUUUAGGCCAAGGAUAUACUGGAAAUCCUCAAGGUGGAGUGCGAAAUGCCCCAAAGCCAGGAAUUGAGUGUUACCAAUGUGAGCAAAUUAGGUCUCCUGAUGAUUUUUCUAUUGAUUGCCCUAAUCAUAAGACUUGUAAUAUUUGCAGAGUCCAGGAUGUAACCCAAUGUAUUAAUUGUGGGAGAGGCUAUUCUGAUAAUGACACUGCAAUUCUUAAUGCUAUUCGUGAUUCACUUUAA